AUGGAUAAACACUAUCGGUCUUUCAAGUGCCACGAACCUGGUUGCGACACGAUUCGGGGCUUCACCUACUCUGGCGGCCUUUUAGGCCACCAGCGUGAGGUCCACAAGAAGAACAACGACUCCAAGAAGCCCUUGAUGUGUCCCUUUGCCGGUUACAACCGGAGCACUGGCAACGGAUUCACGCAAAAAAACAACCUUUGGGAGCACUUGCGCCGUCGCCACAGGCACACCAUUGAGGUUCCAACAGCCUCCACCCUUAAGGAUAUGUCCACCCUUAAGGAUAUGCUAUGGGAGCGCGCCAACUCUGGUCUCAAGCGCAGACAAGAUUCACCCAACGGCGAGCUUCUGGAUUUCGAUAAGAAUGGCGACGAUCUCCGCAACGAAGUCAAGCGACUGCGUCGCGAGCGCGGAUCAUUUAUUGAGGCUUCCCCACACCGAGUUAACAUCUACUACCCCGCUCAAUAUGGCCUUAACCCCAACCAAGCUCACAAAUAUCCCAGGCCCACCUAUAUUCUUGGGUCUGAGCUCUCUACCGGUGACCUACAUACAACAAGCACUGCGAUAAUGUCUCAAAGCUCAACUAUCUGCGAUCUCCCAACCGAGAUCCUACUCAUUAUAGCGCAUCAUCUUGAUGCGUUCAGUCUCAUCUGGCUGCAACGCUCCUGCCAGCUCUUUCGUGGAAUAAUACCGUCUCCUACACACCUGGAGAUUAUAGAGGCGGAAACUACCCAAUUCGGUACUGAGAACGAUUUGUACGCCUGUCAAGAUUGUCUAAGGUUGCGACCCAGAGCGAAAUUUGCGGAUAAUAUGGUGAAAAGGAAAAAGGCGAAGUGGGGAUACAACGCGACGGAACGGUGGUGUGUUGACUGUGGUAUCAACCCGCGCCCCGGGACUAAUAGAUACACCGCAGGCAAUAUUAUCACCGUUUUGGGAGAACCAUAUGUUAUCUGCUUGGAAUGUCGAGAGUUCAGAAAGGGUGCUUCAGAAAACGGGAAACCGUUAUUCGUGUGCCAAUUCUGUCGGCGAUUUACGAGGGCAAUCGAGGAGCGUGCGGAGGCUGAAAGAGCAAGGCGACAAAGGGCCCAACUACGAGCUGAACAGGCUGAGCGAAUAGCUAGAAGGCGUGAGAUGUAUGGCUCGGCUUCCGAAAGCGACGAGAUCCCGCCUAGUCCUACAUCCAGUGAAGAGUAUAUGGACAUGAUCCAGGCCGAAGCUGCUAUGUACAUGAAUAGCCCCGGGCCUGGGUCUGAUUGA